AUGAAGGGUAUUUCCCUAUCCAGUGACGAUUCCAACUCCACCUGCCUCUUACAGUCGAGGAAAACUUUCCUCCAGACAACAAAAAAGCCUCUGGACUCAGACGACAGACGUCUGCCUCUGGACAACGGAAUCCCACCUCGUCUGCCCAACCGACGAUGUCGAUCUCAAAACCGGCCUGGCGAUUCCAUCCGCAUAGCGGGAUGGGUGGGAGGGCGUCGCGCCUCGUCUCAUCGGGCAUCGGAGGCCCAGACGGAUCCGGAUGAGGAUCAGUUCGGUCCAGACGAUCGUUGGGGAAACAUCUGCAUCUCUUGUGGCAUAACUUCGACCUGCUUCCUUCAAAUGGAUUCUUUGCGAAUGACGUUGCAGAUCUUCGCUGCCCUCCUGUCCCUGAUCGGCCUGGCCCACGGACACCACAACACACUCCAUAGCCUAUUCUACAAAGGACCCUACCGCCAACCUCUCUACAUCAACUAUCCCUAUCAAUUGCCUCCACCGGUCUGGACCUACGCGACUCCGUCCUACGCCUACUCGGCUCAACCUCCAAAGUACCAGCCCCCUGCAAACGGAUACCAGAUCACAUCUACAGAGUACAAGGUCCCCUCUACAGAGCACAAGGUCCCAUCUCUGGAGUACCAGGGCCUUCCCAACGGAUACCAGGCUCCGCCUCUUGAGUACCAGGUCUCUCCCGACGGAUACCAGACCCCGUCUCUGGGGUACCAGGCCCCUGACAAUGGAAUUCAGGCACCGUCUUCAGGGUACCAGGCCCUUGCCAAUGGGUAUCAGACAUCAUCUCCAGGAUACCAGACCCCUGCCAACGGAUAUAAAGUUCCAUCUCUAGGACACCAGAACUCUCAUCCCAAGUACAACUUUUCCUACAAGGUCAACAAUCCUUACGGGGGCGACAUAAAGAGCCACGAGGAAUCUUGGGAUGGGGACAACGUCCACGGUGUCUAUUCCCUCCUCCAACCCGAUGGUGAUUGUCCCUCGUUGGUUUCUAAUGGCUCCUUUGAUCGGUAA